GUACGUUGCGGACCCAUUUCUCAUGAAAGAUCAACUGAAGUUCGACUUUCGAGUCUACGGUGUGAUAAAGAGCAUCAAUCCGCUCUCGAUCUACGUUUCAAGAGAAGGCACGUUUUGCAAAGUAUGGUGCGCUUUUGCACUGAGAAAUACCGUAAACCGACUCCAUCCAACUUUAACAAUCUCUAUGCUCACCUUACUAAUUAUUCACUAAAUAAAGGAAACUUUUCCUACGUUCACAGUCUUUCCUUGAUGGAUCAAGCUAGUGGAAGCAAACGUCUCUUAUCAACAGUUUUCGGCCAAAUGGCUAAAUGUGGUCUUCGAACGAAAAAAUUGUGGCACGAUAUCAAAAUCAUAAUCGUUAAGACGGUUCUCGCCAUGUUGCCCGAGUUAAUGAUUAAUUAUGAACACGAGUUUAGUGGAGUUGUAGGGCCGCAGUGUUUU